AUGUUUGGUGCUCUUCAGCGCAAGCACUCUUCCUCCAGCUUGAACGUUCACCACUCGACCCCUGUAUUUAUACCGACGCUCGAAAAGCUGGGUGAUCUUCCCACAAGCAUUCCUGUUCAUGCACAGGAAUUGCCUCAAGGAACCGUGCCAAACACGCCUGCUCUACUUCAGAUGGCGUUGGAGCGGGACCCUGUCAUGUCUGGUUCGCAUCUGGAUUCAAAACCUGUGCGUUCAGGAGUCGGAAACCACGCAGAAUCACCACGCAACAGACCCAUACUUCGAACAAACCCCUACCACGAGGAUGAUGACAUGAUCGGUUUUCAAUCAUCGCGCGUCGAGCAAGGGGCAUCUUUGUCAGGACUCAUCCCGGAGUCGUCGAGCUACUUCACCAUCCCAGUUGCCGACAUCCAUGAGCGCCCCCAGUCGGGCAGUAUUGAUGUUGACCCUGACCAGAAGUUGAAAUUUGCAGCACAGGAAGCCUAUCUCAUCAACACGAUAGCUGAUGAAUGUACAUCAAUCUCGGACGUUGUCGCUGUAGCAGCCAAACCCGGCAUGCACGUCUCUCAAUCGGACAGACGUGACUCGAUGCUAGCUCAAUGCAUCCAUCAAGACGAGAAGCUUAGCUAUUUAAAAAUGCCCGUCGGUGGGCAAAACGCGUGCGAUCGCUGUCAGUUCAACGAGCGGGCUUCCAUGGGUCAGGGCUCAUCACCAAUCGGCAUCGAGCACGUCGUUUUCAAUGAGGAUCCUGAGGAACUAGCUCCUGGCCAGAUGCCCGCUCAUCAGAUAUAUUCUCAUCGGCAGGCACAGGCUCAGAGAGAUAUCCAGAAGCGGGCUGCUAACUUGGACAUCGAAUCCUUCCCGGUCCUCGACAUGGACACAAAGCCAGCUCAAGGCACCUGGGGUACCCAUGGCAGCCUGUAUGACGGCAAUGGUUACGGUGAUACACAAAGCUCGAGCUCCGCUCGUCCAUCCACCUCGUCGACAAUUUCGGGAUCGCCGCUCAAGACCAUGGUGGAGACAGGUUUCGAUGUCACUUCGCUUGCAGAGGAGUCUGCCGCCAUGGCACGGGACCACGAGACAUUAGAGGAGGUCAUUCGCACAUACGCAGCCUUGCAGGACGAAGGCUCCUCGGGUAUCAGCGACGAGAUGCUGGAGGGUGUUGUUGCCGACGUACAGUUGGCCAACGACAUGGCGAACCACAGUCUGGGUGCAUGA